AUGAUUCUUAUUGUGUAUAUUACAUUUAUUUUAUUCGGCCUUCAUUUUUGUGGAAGCAAAUAUAGUCCAGCACCUAAUAUUUGGAGUGGCUAUACCCGCUCAUUUAGCAAGACUCCAAUUUAUUUAUAUGAAAGGAGAUCUUUUCAAAAGCCUUAUUCUAUAUACAACAGGAGACCUACCGGAAGUCUUUCUUGGCAGCAUGAGGCGCCAGUACUUUCUUCUCAUACUGAAAUUUAUGACCUUAUUCACAAUAGGAAGGCAGAUCCACUUUUCAACACAGAUGAAUCCAUUUCUCCGUCACAAGAACGGCUGCCAGACCCAGAUAUGCAACGACGCAUGUGGAUGCAUUCUAAUUAUGCUCAGCUGCCCACUCCUGACUCAAAUCACAUGACUACAUCGAUGUCCCGCCCUUCAAGAGCAUUUAGGAUGCCUAAUCUUGACAACUUUGCCAUUCAUCAAGUCCCAGGAUUCGAGUAUUCAGAUCGAAAUGGUAGGCCGGCCCAAGAUGAUGCAUUAGAAUACAGACCUGCAAAUGUAAAACCACCACGAAGCAGUCUCGUGUGGAAUGAAGAAGGCAAAUUUUGGGGGUAUGCUAAAACAGAUCACGGUCUAAUGCUCCGUCCACAAGAUUACCCUUCUCAGACCAGUAAUUAUCCGACUUAUUCAAAUUAUGAUGAUGGAUCUUGUAUUCCACCAUUUUGCAUCCCAGUAAUGUGCAAUGAUAGUGAAAAAAAGGAAACCUGCAAGGGCUCUUGCUGCAAACAACUUUGUGACCCACCUUGCCUAAAUGGAGGCGCAUGCCGCAAUCAAACAUGUUCAUGUCCCCCAGGAUUUCUUGGACCCCAGUGCCAGGCCUUCACUACGACUCUUUGCCGACAAAUACACGCCUUGGAUUGCUUUUUUGGAUGUGCAGCAAAUGAGCCUUCUAACAAGUUUUUAUGCAUCUGUAGGCCCUGGAAAGUAGAGGAUAUUUCGAAUUGCACAUCUGUAGGCAUAGAAUCAUUUGCAUGCCCUGAAGGUUGCAAUGACAGAGGAAGAUGUGAUAUAAAGACACGUAAGUGUCAUUGUAAUGAACCGUACUCCGGACUGGCUUGCGAAAGUCAAGAUUACUGCAAAGCGUCCAACCUAAUGCCAUGUGAAUAUAAAUGUCUUAACACUCCAGAAGGACGCCAUUGCAUUUGUCCCAGGGGGGCUAGUCUAAAUACAGAUGGAUACUCAUGCAGUAUGGGGCAGUCAAAAUGUCCACAUGGAACUACUGGAGAGCGAUGUGAACUAGAUAUUGAUGAAUGUCUGACCGGCACACACGAUUGUGAACAGAUUUGCAAAAACGUAUUUGGCGGCUAUGAAUGCUCAUGCAAUCCAGGAUUUACUGUUAAUCCAGUGAAUGCACGCAGCUGUAUAAGGCAUGGCUGUGAUCCACAAUGCAUUGCUGAGCAGGGUAUAUGUACUGCUCAAAAUAUAUGCAAAUGUCUUAAUGGGUUCAAG